GCCACUGAGCCGAGCCGGCGCUUCCCCGCGCGGGGGUGGCAGCACGUGCCGGGGGCGAGAGCGGAGACCGCAGCUAUGGCGUCGUUACUUUGGGGAGGCGACGCUGGGGCGGCAGAGAGCGAGCGGCUGAACAGCCACUUUUCAAAUCUCGUCCACCCCAGGAAGAACCUCCGUGGUAUCAGGAGUACCACAGUCCCAAACAUAGACGGCUCUCUGAACACCGAAGAAGAUGAUGAAGAGGACGAUGUAGUGGAUUUGGCAGCCAAUUCACUCUUAAACAAGUUAAUCCGUCAGUCCUUAGUAGAAUCCAGCCACAGAGUGGAAGUCUUACAAAAGGAUCCCAGCUCUCCACUCUACUCGGUGAAAACAUUUGAAGAACUACGGCUAAAGGAAGAGUUACUAAAAGGGAUUUACGCAAUGGGAUUUAACAGACCAUCCAAAAUCCAAGAGAUGGCCCUCCCUAUGAUGCUCGCACAUCCUCCCCAGAACCUCAUAGCACAGAGCCAGUCGGGAACUGGAAAAACGGCCGCCUUUGUCUUAGCGAUGCUAAGCCGAGUGAAUGCCUUGGAAUUGUUUCCACAGUGCCUCUGCCUGGCUCCUACCUAUGAACUGGCUCUGCAGACUGGCCGUGUGGUUGAAAGGAUGGGGAAAUUCUGUGUGGAUGUUGAAGUGAUGUAUGCCAUUCGAGGAAAUCGAAUUCCUCGGGGCACUGAAAUCACCAAACAGAUUAUAAUUGGUACUCCCGGGACUGUCUUAGAUUGGUGCUUCAAGCGAAAAUUGAUUGAUUUGACUAAGAUCCGUGUAUUUGUCCUGGAUGAAGCAGAUGUGAUGAUUGACACCCAAGGAUUCUCAGAUCAGAGUAUUCGUAUCCAAAGAGCUUUACCCUCCGAAUGCCAGAUGCUCCUCUUUUCGGCAACCUUUGAGGACUCUGUGUGGCAGUUUGCUGAACGAAUCAUUCCUGACCCCAAUGUUAUCAAGUUACGAAAAGAGGAAUUGACCCUGAAUAACAUCCGACAGUAUUAUGUGUUGUGUGAAAACAGAAAAGACAAGUAUCAAGCCCUGUGUAACAUCUAUGGCGGCAUCACCAUUGGCCAGGCCAUCAUCUUCUGCCAGACACGGCGAAAUGCCAAGUGGCUGACUGUGGAGAUGAUGCAGGAUGGCCACCAGGUGUCCUUACUAAGUGGGGAACUCACAGUGGAGCAGCGAGCUUCCAUCAUCCAGAGGUUCCGAGAUGGCAAAGAGAAGGUCCUCAUCACAACCAAUGUCUGUGCUCGAGGAAUUGAUGUGAAGCAGGUCACCAUCGUUGUGAACUUUGACCUUCCUGUAAAUCAAUCAGAAGAGCCAGACUAUGAGACCUACCUCCACCGUAUAGGACGGACAGGACGCUUUGGGAAAAAAGGUCUCGCCUUCAACAUGAUUGAAGUGGAUAAGCUGCCCCUGCUUAUGAAAAUACAGGACCACUUCAAUAGCAAUAUUAAGCAACUCGACCCAGAAGACAUGGAUGAGAUUGAAAAGAUCGAAUAUUGAAGAGAGGCCUUUGUUGUUUGUGGGCUUUCCUAGUUUGUGAGAAUGUUGCAGCAGGUUUUGAAGAUAAUUUUCUAUGUUGAGGCUCUGUCAAGGUGAAACUGUCACAGACAACAAAAUAAAUGUCAUGGUACUCUUCA